GUUGCGUAGCAGCUGCGAGGAUGCUGGUCGAGCCGGAAGUCGAGGGUGCAGCCGCCGCUAGCGGGGCCGGCGGGCGUGGUUCGAGACCGCGCAGAAUCCAGGUGGGCUGCGGGGCCUGAGGGGCCGCUGGCCGCGGCUCUUACCACAGUAGAUUCUGCUAUCUGAACCCUUUGCAACGUCUGCUCAUGGUGAAUGCUCAAUAAGACCCCCCCCCCUGCCCCCUGGCACCCUGGACCGGACACCUCUCUACAGCUAGGAGCCAAUGGCAGAAGACAAAACCAAACCCAGUGAGCUGGACCAAGAGAAAUAUGAUGCUGAUGACAACGUGAAGAUCAUCUGCCUGGGAGACAGUGCAGUGGGCAAAUCCAAACUCAUGGAGCGAUUUCUCAUGGAUGGAUUUCAGCCACAGCAGCUGUCCACGUAUGCCCUGACCAUGUACAAGCACACAGCCACGGUAGAUGGCAAGACCAUCCUUGUGGACUUUUGGGACACGGCAGGCCAGGAGCGGUUCCAGAGCAUGCAUGCCUCCUACUACCACAAGGCCCACGCCUGCAUCAUGGUGUUUGAUGUACAGAGGAAAGUCACCUAUAAGAACCUGAGCACCUGGUAUACAGAGCUUCGGGAGUUCAGGCCAGAGAUCCCAUGUAUCGUGGUGGCCAACAAAAUUGAUGCAGACAUAAACGUGACCCAAAAAAGCUUCAAUUUUGCCAAGAAGUUCUCCCUGCCCCUGUAUUUUGUCUCAGCUGCUGAUGGUACCAAUGUUGUGAAGCUCUUCAAUGAUGCAAUUCGAUUAGCUGUGUCUUACAAACAGAACUCUCAGGACUUCAUGGAUGAGAUCUUUCAGGAGCUCGAGAACUUCAAGUUGGAGCAGAAAGAGGAGGAUGCGCCAGAACAGGAGCAAAGCAGCGGCAUCGAGACCCCAUCAGAGGAGGCGGCCUCUCCCCACAGCUGAGGGGCUAGGGCUAGGGGUGGGUGGAGCCCUUUCAACAUAGCAUUUCCUUCAGCAACUCUCCAGCUCUGAAUGAAGAAACUCUCUAGGCCAUCCCCUCUCCUGCCUCCUGCAACCCCAUCCCAUUAGCCUCCCACAUUCAAGGCCCUUGAUACAGGGAUGAGGUCAGUACCAGCAAACUCUGGACUGGUGGAAGAAGUCCACACCAGAUCUUGAAGCAGAAUUAGGGAUCAAUAUCAUUAACACCUUUCUCACCUACCUCCCCGCAAGGCUAGACAGUGAAGACAAUCAGAAAACAUGAUUGUAUGUCUCUUUAGUAAAGCAAAUUUAGGUG